GUUCUUGUUGGCCGCUGCGGCUGCGCCCCACACGUAAAUAUAAGCCCCAAGCUUCUUGCCAACUGCAUCAACAUAACUUCCUACUUGCGCGCCACUAUGGUCAAAGCUUCUGACGUCCUUUUGAUUCUUGUUGCUAUCCUCUUUCCGCCGGCUGCUGCUGCUUUUGUCACCGGCUGUAGCUGUGACUUGCUCAUCAACAUAUGUUUGACCAUCUUGGGAUAUAUCCCCGGACAUAUUCAUGCCUUUUGGCUCAUCUACAAGAAGAUGCAAGCUGAAGAGAAAUAUGGUUACGGGGGGUUCCAUUACACCGGCAACGGGCAUUACCAGGCUCUCAAUCAAGGUUCUGCUCCUGUGAACUAUGGAACGGGAGGACCUUAGGUGAUUUGUCGCUCAGAUGAUAUCCUGCACAUUUGGACUGUAAUAUGCCACUCCAGUUGUAGAACUUUGUAACUAGGCUUUUGUUCAUUAUUGCCCAUACCUUAUGAGCUUUGUUGCUAUCAUCAUUCUUUCAAAGUCUUGAAGACUCAUGGAUUUAUCUGGUGAAGUGGAGAACACUUCCAGCAUUGCAAUAAUCUGAAGGGUGAUUCUGUCGACAAGGGACGCCGAUAGAGAAUUCGAGUGCUUACUUCCUCAGCCUUUAUCUUCUCCU